AUGAGUAGUAUUGUUAAUAAAAGUGGUACACGCUUUGCCCCUAAAGUAAGGCAGCGUAGAGCCGCCACUGGAGGAACACCAACUCCAAAGCCAAGAACCCCUCAACUUUUCAUUCCCGAAAGUAAAGAAAUAGAAGAAGAUAAUAGUGAUAACGAUAAAGGUGUUGAUGAAAAUGAAACGGCUAUUGUUGAGAAACCUUCGCUAGUUGGAGAACGCUCUUUAGAAGGCUUUACCUUAACCGGCACUAAUGGACAUGAUAAUGAAAUAGGUGAUGAGGGCCCCAUUGACGCCUCGACCCAGAACCCCAAAGCAGACGUUAUAGAAGAUAAUGUGACUCUAAAACCGGCACCCUUGCAAACCCACCGAGACCAGAAGGUACCGAGAUCCAGCAGAUUAGCUUCACUGAGUAAGGACAACGAAAGUCGUCCAAGUUUUAAACCGUCAUUUCUCGAUUCUUCCAGUAACAGUAAUGGGACUGCGCGACGUUUAUCUACAAUCUCCAAUAAGCUUCCUAAAAAGAUAAGGCUUGGAAGCAUUACAGAAAACGAUAUGAAUCUGAAAACUUUCAAAAGACAUAGGGUUUUGGGCAAACCUUCUUCGGCUAAGAAACCAGCAGGUGCACACAGAAUCAGUAUUGUCUCCAAAAUUUCUCCACCUACGGCAAUGACCGAUUCUUUGGACAGGAAUGAAUUUUCGUCAGAAACUUCUACAUCAAGAGAAGCUGAUGAGAAUGAAAAUUAUGUGAUUAGCAAAGUCAAAGAUAUCCCGAAAAAAGUGAGAGAUGGGGAGUCUGCUAAAUAUUUUAUCGAUGAAGAGAAUUUUACGAUGGCAGAGUUGUGUAAGCCAAACUUUCCUAUUGGUCAAAUAUCUGAAAACUUUGAAAAAUCUAAAAUGGCAAAAAAGGCAAAAUUGGAAAAGAGAAGGCAUCUUAGAGAACUCAGAAUGCGCGCACGACAAGAAUUUAAACCACUACACUCAUUGACUAAAGAAGAACAGGAAGAAGAAGAGGAGAAGAGAAAGGAAGAAAGAGAUAAACUACUCAACGCUGACAUUCCUGAGUCAGACCGCAAAGCACAUACGGCGAUCCAACUGAAGCUUAACCCUGAUGGUACUAUGGCAAUUGAUGAAGAGACUAUGGUUGUUGACAGACACAAAAAUGCUAGUAUCGAAAAUGAAUAUAAAGAAAAAGUUGAUGAAAACCCUUUUGCCAAUCUUUAUAAUUACGGGUCGUAUGGUAGGGGUUCAUACACAGACCCGUGGACUGUGGAAGAAAUGAUAAAGUUCUACAAGGCGCUUUCUAUGUGGGGGACAGAUUUCAAUUUGAUCUCACAAUUAUACCCUUAUAGAUCAAGAAAACAAGUGAAGGCCAAAUUCGUUAAUGAGGAGAAGAAACGUCCAAUAUUGAUUGAAUUGGCCCUUCGAUCUAAGCUACCGCCUAAUUUUGAUGAGUAUUGCUGCGAAAUCAAGAAGAACAUUGGUACAGUAGCAGACUUCAACGAGAAACUAAUCGAAUUACAAAACGAGCACAAACAUCAUAUGAAGGAAAUCGAAGAAGCAAAGAAUACGGCAAAGGAGGAAGACCAAACUGCACAAAGGCUAAAUGAUGCUAAUUUGAAUAAAAAGGGAUCUGGUGGUAUUAUGACAAAUGAUUUGAAAGUUUAUAGAAAAACGGAAGUUGUUCUGGGUACAAUUGAUGACUUGAAAAGGAAGAAACUCAAAGAAAGGAAUAAUGAUGACAAUGAGGAUAAUGAAGGAAGUGAAGAAGAGCCUGAGAUUGAUCAAUAA